AUGGCCGCCAAAGCUCCCGCCUCUGCCGCCCUCCUCUCGCAGGCCCAAGCCCUCGGCGACCUCGCCCCUUUCCUCGCCUCGUCCGCCCAGCCCAGCGCACAAGGCUCCCCCGAGCCCACCGUCGCCCAAGCGCAGGAGGGACUGCCGCUCGGCGCAUCCACCGACCUCGUCCCCGCCGACAACCACGGCCUCGUCACCGACAAGUCGUGGACUGAGCUCGCAGCCGGCCCGCUCGGCUCGCGCCGCCGCGUCGCAACCUUCAUCGCCGCCGCCCUCGUCGCAUCGACCGUCGUCCGCUCGGCGUCCUUCUCCGAGUGGGCGUUCGGCAAGUUCCUCGUCGAGAACCUCGCCCCCGUCGAGCGCGACUCGGUCCGGUGGAAGUGGAUCCUCGCCAACCGCGUGUGGGAGGUCACGCUCGGCACCUACGCCUGGCGCAGGCUCUCGGGCCUCUUCCGCGGCGAGGGAGCCCUCUUUGGCGUCCUCCUCGCCCUCGUCGCCCGCCUGUCGCUCUACGCUUUCGAGCACAGCUACUUCCUCCUGUCGAACCAGACGGUCGGCGUCCUCCUCCUCAUCGACGCCAUCUCGUUCGCGUCGGCGUUCGCUCUCGCGCCCAAGCUCCUCCCGCACUCGGUCUCGGCGCGCCCGGUCCUCACCGCCCUCACCCGCCUGCGCUCCGACCACGCCCUGUGGAUCAACCUCCUGUUCGGCGUCGGCCUCGCGACCUUUGGCGGCGCCGCGGGCAGCUACGUCCUCGAGCGCGCCGGCGGCCGCGACUUUAUCAAGCGCAACGUCAUCGAGGCGACCGUCCCGAGCUACCUCCUGCGCGACCAGCUGUCGACAAACGAGAUCCUCGCCCACCCGAGUUGGACGAUCCCGACCCUGCGCACCUACGACUUUCCCCUGUCGAUGGCGCACCACCUGUACCAGUCGGCCCUCACGUCGCUGUCGCUCCUCCCCCUCGUCAUGUCGCUCCCGACCCUGUCCCCCCUCCGCCUCGCCGCGCUCGCCGCCCUCGCCGUCGGCGUCCCCGCCGUCACCGUCUACUACGACGUCCUCCCCGUCACGUUCCCCGCCGCGCUCUCGACCGGCGUCGCGCUCGCGACCCGCGCCGGGUUCGCCGCCCUCGUCGAGGCGUGGACGCUCGACGAGCUGCGCCGCACAAAGACGACGCGCAAGGUCCAGGUCGUGCUCGUCGACCCAAAGAGCGGCGAGGUGAUCGCGACGAGCGAGGCGACCGUCGAGGAGGACGCGAGGGGCGCCAUGCGCAAGGACGACAGGGGCGUCACUCGCAGGAGGUUGACGCUCCGCGGCGAGGUCGAGUACUGA